CUCUUGUUUGCCACACUCUCCAGACACUCUGGGAACACAGGGUACCCUGCAGGCGCCUACCAUCCCACCCCCCACACACAAAGGGGGACCAGGCAUUUACGUUGCACACAUUGUCUAGGAUUCUCUUGCUCUGGAUUGUGCGAAAGGGUGUAUAAGACAUUUAAUAUUAUUUAUUGGGAAGCUCUGGCAAGGAAGGCAGCAAUGAGAUUUGUGAUCAUUUUAACCUCUCAUGGAAGGAUAAUCCAAAAUUACAGGCUGGCUGCUUAGAAAGUUCUGCCUCCUGUAGCUGACAGUUCCACUGUUCCUGGGGAUGCAAAUACCGUGGCUGCAGAGAGAACCUGGGCCCGAACCAUGAAUGAUCAUAUAUUGAAUGGGGAGCCCUUGUACUGUCCCGAGCACCAGGAAGGUGUGCUCGUGCUGUCCUGCAUUGUAUAACAGCUCCAGCUCUCAGAAACAGCUGGCACAUCAGCAGUCCUCAAGUCCUAGGGUGUUCCUGUAUAACAAGUACCAUCAUCAAAACAACUGCUGAGUGGCAACUGUUGAGUGUCAGGUCUUCAUCUUCAAGAGUGGAAAAAACUAUGAAUGGGAGCUGUGUCUCUGAGCAGGAUGGAGGUAGCUCGAGUUCAGGACACUCAGGUGGGCAGAAAGAAGAGCCCUGUCUCCAAAGAGACUCGUUGUUCUCUUCCCCCAGUGUGUCCAUCAUAUCACAACUCCUCAGCCAGACAAUCGCUAACAGGAGCCUGGAUCCAAACUUCCUUUUCCCUUCCUUGCAGUCAACGGAAUCACCCCAGGAAGCCAGGGACUGCCCAUCUUUUAAGGAAGGGACACCAACCCUGGCCUCCCCUCUGUGCUAUACUGCAAUCUCCCGUUUUGGUGACACAGACCAGUUCUAUAAUGAACACUUACGAGCUAAGAGGGCCAGAGUGGAAAGCAUUAUCCGAGGUAUGAGCCUCUCACCAAACCCUAUCACACUUGGUACCAGUGGGGAAAGAGACAGAGAACGCCCUGUGGAGAAAAGAAGUGAGAACUACAGGGAGAACAAGAGAAAGCAGAAGCUUCCCCAGCAGCAAAGCCCACAUGUAGCACAGCUUGCAGGAAGAGGCAAGAGCAGUGCCAAGGCAGAGGAGUGCCACCAACUGAAGGAACAGCUUCAAGUUUUGCAGCAACAGCUGAGGCAGCUUCAAGAGAAAUUCUUGAAGGUUUAUGAGUUCAGUGAUUCAGAUCAAAGCUAUGAACGGAUGGAGAAGACUAUGCACUUAUUGAAGGGGAAGUGUGGAGACAGUCUAAAUGAAAGCUGUCAGGCUGCUACCAGUGACCAACACAGAACUCUUCUUCGGAGGAGCAUCUCAGAGAUGGAAGAACACAAAGUGUCAGAAGAAGAAAGGAGAAUGGGGGAUCUGGGUGAACUGUCCUCUGAAGAAAGAACCUUUUCUGAGACAUUAAAGCAUGAGCUAGCCACAGUGGUAUCUCAGACGGUGGACACGGUUUUAAAACAAAUAUUGUCCAAGCCAUCAGGCCAUCUGGCUCAGCUGUAUAACAGCCUCCCAAUCUCAGUGUCAGACAGCAGAAGAGAGGAUUUUGCCACCGAGGAAUACUCCAGCAGAAAAUGGCUUCCUGGGGCUUCCUCCCAAAAUUUGGUAAACUCACUGACUGAAGCCCACACAGAGGCCUUGUCGCUAGUCAUGGAGAAGUCUCCAGACUUUCAUGCUCACCCAAUCAGUUCAAGAAUAGCUAGAAAACCCUGCCAUGUGCCUAACAUGAAUCAUCCCUUGGUCAUGACUUCUCAAGUUCAAGAAAAACAGAUUCUUAGCCAGCUACUAGAGUACAGUCAAAAUAGCCAUUGGAACAGCAGUCCUCACAGAAUUGCCUCUUCCCCAGACUGGUCUUCUCAAGAGUCCCUAGAUCUACCUUGGAGAGCAGUCAAAUUGAAGUCAUCAGUCAUGAGACACCAGCAAUAUCCAAUGUCCCUUAACACCACUGAAAUGGAAAAUUUGACUCUUCUUCCAGCCAGGAAGGCAGAAUGUGGAGAGCUGCAGACUGUGAUGGAUGGGAUGCCCUUCUCCUCAGUCCAUAUCCAGGAGGCUCUGACCCCUGGCCACCUGAAGAAGGCCAAGCUGAUGUUCUUCUUCACUCGCUACCCCAGCUCCACUCUGUUGAAAACCUACUUCCCUGAUGUCCAGUUCAACCGCUGCAUCACUUCCCAGCUCAUCAAGUGGUUCAGCAACUUCCGUGAGUUUUACUACAUCCAGAUGGAGAAGUUUGCCCGGCAAGCCAUCUUGGAGGAAGUCACGGAUUCCAAACACCUGAUGGUUUCUCGGGACUCUGAGCUCUUCAGAGCCCUCAACAUGCACUAUAACAAGGGGAAUGAUUUUGAGGUCCCUGAUCGCUUCCUGGAGGUUGCUAGCAGGACCCUGCGGGAGUUCUUCAGUGCUGUCAGGACAGGGAAGGACUCUGACCCCUCCUGGAAGAAACCCAUUUACAAAAUAAUUUCAAAACUGGACAGUGACAUCCCAGAUGUGUUUAAAUCUUCCAGCUGCCUCCAAGAACUACUCCAGAGUUAAAUCUGCAUGGGAAGUGGCCUAAGACUAUGUCAUGCUGCAGCUUGAUCGGAGCGAGGCUGGCCUGAGCUAAGCAGCUGUGGGCCCGGCCUACAUUGUGGGUUAUGUUACUAGUACAAACAGCAAUAGCACCAUUUAUUAUGACUAUAUCUAAUCUGGUCUGAAGCGUGCCCUCCCUUCUGGUGAGGUCUAUCUAUUACAUACGUGAACUGCCA